UUGACUGCAAACCCAUCCGCUGUGCAGGAGAAGGGUUUUCUAGCACAAUGAUUGGAAGACUGGCCGCUCUGAUUCUUCUUGGUACAGUGUAUCUGAUUCAAACUGCAGAGGUUCCUCAACAGGUCUCUUUGACUUUGGUUGAACUUGGUGGAAAUGUUACGUUGUGGUGUCCAGUUUUCAGAGAAGGAUACUUUUACUGGUACAAGCAGACUUUGGGACAUAUGAUCCAAACAGUUGCUACAGUAACUUUCACUGGACAGAAACUUAGUCUGCAAUUGAACAACACACGUUUCAAAGUCACAGGAGGGGAGACUCAGUAUUCUCUUACCAUCAGAAAUAUAACCAAAGAGGACGAAGCAACAUAUUUCUGUCUCAUUGGAACAGCGUGACAAAGUUUUGUCAACGUCACCUUCUUGGCUGUUAAAGAUCGUAAGCAGCAGAGAUCUUUCUACGUGAAACAAAGUCCGCUCACUGAGUCGGUCCAGCCGGGCGACUCGGUGACUCUCCAGUGUUCACUUGUCUCCAGGAACAAAGAAGACAGAGUCCAGUGUCCAGGUGAACACAGUGUGCACUGGUUCAGAUCUGGAUCAGGAGAAUCUCAUCCAGGCUUCAUUCACACUCACAGUGAUGCUCAAGAAGAAAAGAGUUGUGACUUCAGUCUGUCCAAAACUAUACACAACUCCUCUGAUACUGGGACCUACUACUGUGCUGUGGCCACAUGUGGAGAGAUCCUGUUUGGUGAAGGAACCCAAGUGGACACAAGACGCUGACAGAGAUGCAGUUAACUAUGCAGCACUGAAUUUCUCCAAAAGAAAAGUGCCAAGAGUGAAGAAAAGAGAGUCUCCAGCAGAGUGUGUGUACUCUGCUGUGCGAGCAGACUACCACACACAGCGCCACCUGUAGGCAGAGGCCUGCACGUGACCUGAACCCCACGUGUCUCCAUAGGGUGGGACUGUGCUCAGCUUUGCAUGUUCUGUGCAUGUUCAUCUUGUGACAGAUGUCAGCGUGCUACGGAGUGACUGUUUGUACAGGCAUUAGUGUGUGACUGAGAAAAGCUUAAAUUGAAA